AUGAAGGUCGGUGACGUUCCCAAAAAUGGUUAUUUGUUAAAUAAUUCGUACACGUCAAUGAUACCGUUGAUAUGGAUCUUAAAAAUUUUCGCAUUGAACGGUAAUGUAGAUCCGACACGAUCCAAGUCGUCCGUUAUCGUUAGAAGUGUUUGUGCAGUGUCGGUUCUUGGUUCUGUGAGUUUUUAUUGCUUAGCAUACAAAAUACGCUAUAUUUACUAUAAGCUAGAUCUUUCUAUUAGACUUACAGACACGGUUCAGAUAAUUGCAGACAACUGCCAAUAUGCCAUCGAUUUAUACUUCGUUUUUAAAUAUGGAAGACACAUGUACGUGGAAUACUUCAAACAGUACGAGAAAAUGGAUAACUUCCUUGACACGAACUGUUAUCCUGCGAUGAGAAGAAAAACUAUUAAAAUAAUGACGUAUUUUACAAUUAUUUGGUUUCUAAGUUCUUUUGGUGAUAUGGGAGCAUGGGCCGUAACGUUUGGAUGGUGGAUUCCAUUUGUCCAUAUUAUCUCAUUUGUGUUUCUGUACACUAAAAUGCUGACGACUUUGGACUUGAUAGCCAACGUAAUACAAAUAGAGGCUCGACUUCGAAUGAUCAGUAAUUUUGUUCAAAAUUGCUACACUUGUACGGAAAUGUGUCCGAUUGGGAUGUUGACAGAUUCUGUACGCAACAAAAAUUGGCUGUAUUGCGAAGAUGAGACAUCACCUCAAAGCUCUAAAAUUCGACCGGUGGAUAGUUAUGAAAUUAAGCGGCUUUGCAAGUGUUAUCUUCUAUUGACAGAGCAAGUGAUGUUCAUUAACAAAAUGUACGGAUUUAGGGUUCUGCUAAAUACUUUAAAUCUACUCCUAGACAUGGUCAAAAUAUUGAAUUUGGCAAUCAGAAUCACCGUCGGUUCUCAGAAGACUCUUUACUACGGUGACAAUUACAAUUAUUUGCCGGGAUUUACGGGCUUAAUGCGUUUUGUAACCUGCGCUAUAAUUGUAAUUACUUUAGUAGAUCAGUGUGAACAAACCUAUAGACAAAGAGAGCGCAUCAUCAAUGUGAUCGACCAUCUUAUAUUAAACAAAAGGCCAGAUGAAGAUCUAAAACCUGCCAUACUGGAUUUAAGGACGCUGCUACAAGCCCGGCCCAUAUGCUUCAACAUGUCUAAUUUCUUCGCACUAAAUUAUUCGCUUUUAGUCUCUAUUGCUUCUGUGGUAGUAACAUACACUAUUAUUUUGCUACAAAGUGUAAAUUAA